AUUGAAUUGCAAAAUUCAUCCUAAUCAAUCGUAUGAAUUGAGUCCGGAACAUGUGUAAACAAAUUAAUUUUGUCGUGUUAUCACACGGAAAAGAUUACGUAGCGGCCAGCAGUUUUUUAUUAUCACGUUUAUUGUUGAUUAACAUUAAUUUCAUUGCAAAAACACCUAAUUACGAGUACCUACUUUUACAGGUAUAUUUUGUGCCCAUAAUUUAUUUAACAGCAUGGAUUUCCCCGUGCUCAUGAACGAUCGUAUUUUACGAGCGGCCAGAGGAGAAGAAGUCGAUCGCAUUCCGGUUUGGAUUAUGCGUCAAGCCGGUCGGUAUUUACCCGAAUUUAGGGAAUUGCGGUCGCGUUACGAUUUUUUCACCAUAUGCCGGACUCCGAAAUUGGCGUGCGAAGUAACGCUUCAACCUAUUAAUAGGUUCGAUUUGGAUGCUGCCAUCAUCUUUAGUGAUAUACUGGUGAUUGUCCAAGCAUUGGGUAUGAUUGUUGAAAUGCAACCGAGUGUCGGACCUGUUAUUCCGGAUCCUCUCAAAGAGCCCGUUGAUUUAGAUAAACUGAAUCAAUGUGUCGACGUUGCACAAGAAUUAGGAUAUGUUUUCGAAGCUAUAUCACUUACUAGGCAUACGCUAAAUGGCAAGGUAAAGUAAAAAGAUUAAUACAAAAAUUUGUAUCGACCAGUCAAAACCUUGGUUCUGUGUGGUAUAAUUUGUACUAAACGUGAUAAAAGUUCUAAUAAAUAGUGAGUGUGUGCAAAUAAUGGUGUUGGGUUGUGAAAUAUUACUUGGCUUUUAAAAUUCUACUUUAGCACCGCACGAUAACUUCUAAUACUAUAAUCCGUUAUUUAAUUAACAAUGCUGUUUUACAGGUACCUCUAAUAGGAUUCACCGGUGCGCCCUGGACGCUCAUGUGCUACAUGAUAGAAGGCGGUGGUUCGAAAACAAUGUCUAAAGCUAAAAAAUGGUUGUACAAAUAUCCAGAAGAAAGCAAAAAAUUAUUACAAAUACUAGAAGAUAUUAUAGUAAAAUAUUUAGUAGAACAGGUCAAAGCCGGUGCUCAAAUGUUGCAAGUUUUUGAAUCUAAUGCCGAAUACUUGAACUUGGAAUUAUUCAACAAGUAUAUAAACGAUAAUAUUAACCCGUUGAUGUUAAGAAAAUUAUUUUGAUAUUUUGUUUUAGGUUCAGUGGUCCUUAUUUGUCGUCAAUUUGCUCCCGUGUUAAAAACGAAUUAAAUGAAAAAAGUGUACCAAUGGUAGUAUUUGCCAAAGGCGGUCAUUAUGCAUUGAAACAAUUAUCCAAAUUUAGGUAUGAUAUUAUAGGUUUGGAUUGGACAAUUGAUCCUGUUGAAGCCAGGGAAAUAGUGGGUAAGAAUAUAACCUUGCAGGGGAAUCUAGACCCUUGUGUAUUGUAUGCACAUCCUGAACGAAUCAAAGAAAUGGUUAAAGAGAUGAAAUCCAAAUUUACUAAAAGUAGAUAUAUUGCAAAUUUGGGUCAUGGUAUAUAUCCUGAUGUUGAUCCACAACAUUUAGAAGUGCUCAUCAAUGCUGUACAUGAUAGUUAGGGGAAAAAAUGUUAUUUUUUUUUUUUUUUAUUGUUUAGUUAUUAUUUGGUCAUAUGGAAAAUAUUUAAUCUAUAUGUAAUCUAUACAAUUAUUUAUUAUUAAAAAUUAAAUUUUAUUGA